GGAUAGGAACAACAUGCGGCAUAACUAUCCCAACGGUGUGCCGGAAUUCCGUCUUUGCUACGAGAAGCCGAGCAGCAGAUCUUCUUGAUUCAAUCCCCUCUCCGCGAAAAGAGCUUCCUCUCAGCCACCACCCCUGCAGCUCUCGCUCUCCGGUUAACCGGGGAAAACCAUCCAGGAAGCCAGUCGGAAUUCCAAGAAAAGAUGGCGGCAAUUUCGACACCGAAUUCCAUCGUAAACGCUAACCUCUUUACCCCCUCGCGACCCUCGAACGCCCAUCGGCUUCUCGCCUUCUGCCCUCUCCCUUUCUCCAAAUUCCUUUCUCGUCCCCAAACCCUAGCUCUCUCCCUUAGGAGGAGGAGGGGAACACUAUUCUCCUCGAAACCCUCGUCGGCGGAGCUAUCCGCCGCCGAGGAGGAGUGGCUCAAGAAGCUCCCGGACAAGAAGAAGCCCCUCUACUCCCACAGUCUGCCCUGUAUAGAGGCGUGGCUGAAGAAUUUAGGGUUCUACCAGAGCCGCGAGGACCGGGCGGUGUGGUUCGCGGAGAAGCCCGAUUGGCACGCCCAGCUCUCCCUCGAUGUCACCGAUCUCUACAUAAGGUACCUGAAGAGUGGACCUGGAGAUCUUGAGAAGGAUGUGGAGAGGAGAUUCAGCUAUGCACUGAGUAGAGAGGAUAUUGAGAAUGCCAUACUUGGUGGACCAUGAAGAUAAAUUGGAUGGAUGAUGUACAGACGGAUUUCCUCAUAAGUCAAGCUAGGACUUGCAGUUGUCAAGAAUUUGGACUGUUUUGGAGUGUCAAAGUGAGCUAAGUUCAUCCAAUAAAUAGUGCCUCUUGUUUCUGGUAUCUCAAACAAUUAAAUCUAUAACUUCUAUGUAUAUGUUCUCUCAGAAAAACUAUAUCUUUGAAUACUAGUUAAUUUUGAAAUAGUUUAAUGAUACACACAAAGCAUCCA